AUGGCGGAAGCGAAGAGGGUACAAUAACAAACAAAAGUAGUUCUGUUCACCUGGACACAACUCAUUUUAUAUUCGAAUGGAUUUAUUUUCACUUUUAACUCACGUACCGAGCCGCCUGUCUUACAAAUGUUUCAUGCCGUGUAUUGUAGGUAGAAGAGUCAGCGGAGUGGAGUUGCCGUUAGCUAGCUAACCCGUAAGCUCAUUUUAACGUUUUUUGGUUUUACCAGCCGACUGCCAUGUCGUUAUUUAGUGUUCAAGCGCGGAAGCACACAGCUUAUUAUGACCAUCUAAUGUCAACACCAACACCCAGGGCAUCGGGCAGAGAGCGCCUGGUCGAGCUAAAAGCAACAGACACAACGCUGGGCAAAAGUGAGAUAACAUCCGGAGAGUCGGCGUGUGAAGACAGCAGGUCAUCUGAUAAAAGCCGGCAGGUGAACAGGACCUAUGUCAUCUCUGCGCUGUCGAAAAGCGGCAGCGGGCAGCACACUCCUCACCGCGGCCGACUCACUCUGCAGAGGAGGUCAAGGAGGAAGACCAGGGGUGAAACGGAGGAGACGACGAUGGUUGAGAGCAGCCAGAAUAGCACACCCGCUCCGGAGAAGAGACUGACCCUGCAGCGCAGGACCAGGACUCCUUCAAUGGAUAAAAGCGCGUCCGGACACCGUGGGGUCAGCGGCUCUAGCCUGCAACCGACGCCGAAAAUUCUUAGAGAAACAAACGGCAGAGCACCUGUUUUAUUCAGGUCUACGAGUUUAAGAGAAACUGCAUCUAAAAGAAAUGGAAGAGAAGCUGAUGUGGAUACCCAGAGGAGGCCGACGCCCUCCUGCACUUCUUCUUACUCCGCAAGCAGGCAGCUCGAGGAGCAGGCCCAAACUUUUAAAACUCCGACCAAGAAGACCCCGUUUGAGAAAAUCGCCGCCAAGAGAGACGUGUUCGAGAGGCUGGCAGGUAAGGAAGCCCCUAAACUAGUGGCAGCCAAGUCCGCAAGUCUAGAGAGGCCCAAAUUCCGAGCACAGCAAGCGGAAGACACAAAACCCGUCCCGGUACCUCGGGCCAACAAGGCGCCCACAGGUGUGCACAAGCCUCAGGUCGCGCUGCAGGUGAGAAAGACCUCCACCUCGAGCCAAAAGGGAGACGUGACCCAGACCAGGACCUCCACCCCUGCUCCAGCUCCAGCAACUACCGACCAGUCCCUCUCCCGACCCAGUGAGGCUCUGAAGCAGCAAGAUUCAUUCAAGAUGGAAAACAGUGCAGUGACUGUUGCAGUACGUGUACGCCCUUUCAGUGCCAGGGAGAAGGCAGAGAAGACCUUGCAGGUCAUCUUCAUGAACGGUCAGGAGACUGUUGUCCAGCAUCCGGACUCCAAACAGAGCUACUCCUUCAACUAUGACUUCUCCUUCUGCUCGGUGGAUGAGAGUGACCCCACCUUCGCCAGCCAGCAGACGGUGUAUGAGACACUGGCCAAACCUUUGCUGCUGAGGGCCUUCGAAGGAUUCAACACCUGCCUGUUUGCUUAUGGCCAAACAGGCUCUGGGAAAUCGUACACGAUGAUGGGCUUUGGAGAAGAGGAAGGAGUAAUCCCGCGGUUCUGCCAUGAGCUUUUUUCUAGAUUGGCUUCCAUGAAAAAUGAAGAGGUCAAAUGUCAUGUAGAGAUGAGCUACUUUGAAGUGUACAAUGAGAAGAUCCAUGACCUGCUGGUGACCAGAGAUGAACCAAACCAGAGGAGGAUGCCCCUGAGGGUGAGGGAACAUCCAGUCCACGGGCCCUAUGUUGCUGACCUCUCUGCGAAUAUUGUGAGUUCUUACAAUGACAUUCAGGGUUGGCUAAAGCUCGGCAACAAGCAGAGAGCCACAGCUGCUACAGGAAUGAAUGACAAGAGCUCCAGAUCCCACUCCGUCUUUACCCUGGUUAUGACCCAGACUCAGACUGAGUUUGUGGAGGGUGAGGAACACGAGCACAGUAUCACCAGCAGGAUCAACCUGGUGGACCUGGCAGGCAGCGAGCGCUCUAACUCGGCUCAGACAAGUGGAGACCGACUCAGGGAGGGUGCUAGCAUCAACAAAUCCCUGCUUACCCUUGGCAAGGUCAUCUCUGCCCUGUCAGAGCAGGCACUGACCAGAAAGAAGGUCUUCAUACCGUACAGAGAGUCUGUCCUGACAUGGCUGUUGAAAGAGAGCCUCGGCGGUAACUCCAAGACGGCCAUGAUUGCCACGCUGAGCCCAGCGGGCAGCAAUGUGGAGGAAAGCUUAAGCACUCUGCGCUAUGCCCAGCAGGCCCGCACGAUCAUUAACGUGGCAAAAGUCAACGAGGACACCAGUGCCAAGCUCAUCAGAGAGUUGAAGGCUGAGGUGGAGAAGCUGCGAGCCGCCCAGAUGAGCUCCCAGGGCAUCGAACCAGAGAGGGUCAGGCUGUUCCAGCAGGAGAUCUCCGCCCUGAGGAACAAACUCUGUCAGCAAGAGAGAGAGAUGGUUGAGGCCAACCGGGCAUGGAGAGAAAAACUGGAGCAAGCUGAAAUCCGCAAACGUGAAGAAACCAAAGAACUGCAGAAAGCAGGUGUGACUUUCAAAGUGGACAAUCGUCUUCCUAACCUGGUGAACCUGAACGAGGAUCCCCAGCUGUCUGAGAUGCUUCUCUACAUGAUCAAAGAGGGUCGAACCACAGUGGGCAAGCUCAAGUCUGAGUGCAGCCAUGACAUCCAGCUGACAGGAGCCCUCAUCGCUGAACAACACUGUGUUAUAACCAACAUCCAGGGUACGGUCAGCAUCACUCCCAUGGAAAACGCCAAAACCUUUGUUAAUGGAAACCUCAUAUCUGAAUCCACUGUCCUACACCAUGGUGACCGGGUGAUUCUCGGUGGCGACCACUACUUCCGCUUCAACCAUCCAGCAGAGGUGCAGUCCGGGAAGCGGGUGUCAUGCUGGACAGGUGCAGGCGAUGGCCACAAAGACUUUGAAUUUGCCAAAAAUGAGCUUCUGGCAGCGCAAAGAGCUCAGCUGGAGGCAGAAAUUGAAGAAGCCCAUCUGAAGGCGAAAAAGGAGAUGAUGCAGGGAAUCCAAAUGGCAAAAGAGGUGGCCCAGAAGGAGCUAUCUGACCAGAAGGCACUUUAUGAGGACAGGAUCCAAGCUCUGGAAAGACAGCUGAACGGGGAGACUGAGCGGAAGCGUCAACAGGAGUUGGACCAGCAGAAGGUGGCCAGCCAGAUGGCAGAGCUGAAACUGGCCAAGCGGGAGCUGGAGCACGAGGUGGACACCCACAAGACCCGCCUCCGCCUGCACGUGGAAGCCCAGGCGAUGGAGGAACACCGUGUGCGUCAAGUGAGGAUUGUUGAGGCCCUGGAGGAGGAGAAGAGAAAGAUCAGCAAAGAGGUGGAGGAGAUGCAGAGGAAAAGAAACUUAAGGGAAAAUCACACUCCCCAUAAUGUCACUCCACAGUGGGAUACCAUGAAGUUGUCCCUCAUGAUUGAGGAAGCCAAUAAGAUCAGUGCUAAACUGAGGAAAAACACAGUCUUCAGCAGACAUGAAAGCUCCGACAAUGACAGCCUGGAGCAGGGUGGUCUGCUGCAGGUGCGGGUUCAGAACACAAAGCUGGGGAUCUCCACUUUCUGGAGCCUGGACAAGUUCCAAAACAAUAUGGCUGCCAUGAGGGAACUCGAGCAGGGGGAUUCCACCUCUAAAGAUGACGAUGUGUUUUAUGACCCUGAUGAUGAGUGGGAGCAAGAUAUAUCGGCCUCCUCUGCUGCCACCUCCUUCUCGCGCCGAAGGAGCAGGAGCUUGUUGAAGAGCAGGAGAAUCUCAGGGCGUCUCUACGAGAUCCGGGUCCAUCCGAUUCAGAGCCUCCACAAUGGCUCCUCACAGUCUUCUGGGUUGAUGGGUGUGGUCAAACCGCCCUCCACCCAUUCCAUCAGCACAGACUCUGCCAUGCCCGGCAUCUGCAAGGAGUUGAUUGGCCAGUCAGUGGCCCGUCUGCGUGGUUGUAGUGGGACGGAGGAAAGCCUGGCAGACAGGCUGGCCUCUGAUCUGCACCUGGUGUAUGCGGCGGUCCAGACCAUAUCUGACCUCUAUGAUGGCCUGGAUGAUGACAGCCAGGAGAAUGUUUUUGUGUGUAACUCGGUGGCCCAGACUCAGCUGGUCAAGGCCACCACAGCCAUAGAGAGCGCGGUGUUAGUUACCAUGCAGUGGUUGGCCAGCGUUAAACCCUCCUCCGGCCUGCUCUACACCAUCGCUGAGGAGCUCAAGAGCCAAGUCAAGAAGAUGGGUGGAUUCUUCCAGCUGAUCAUUCAGGGCUGUGAAUCUGAGAUCACAUCAAUGGUAAAGGAGGCACGGAGGAAGAGCAGUCAGUGCCUGGAUGCUGCAUUGCUUGCGCUUGGCCACCUGGCGGCAAUGACAGGCAUGCAGCUGAAUGCUAUGGAGCGGGGUGCCCAGGCCACAGGCAAGCAAUCCCUUGUCGUGUGUCUGGUAAAGGGGACCAAUAAGGGCGUCAUCUCUCUCUUAGAGGAGAGCCUCAUCAUCAUCAGAGAAAUGCUGAGAGAGGCUCAACUCGCCUACCCCAGGAACCCAAUCCUGCAGAGCCUAAAAUCCAAGACGCUUGACUUAGCCCAAGCUCUGCAGAGCUACAUGCAUUGCCAAAUCACGGGGAGGGAGACUAACCCAGAGGAGGGGGAGGAGGGGGAGGAGGAGGCCUCAGCUUCCCAUUUGCAGAGACUGAGGACUACAGCGACCAAGCUGUUCCAGCUGAACCAAGCCAUCAGACAGCUGCAUUCCUCCCUGUCUGCUGCCCUGCGAGGAAAAGAUAGAGACUCCAACCUCAGCAGCAGCAGAGAGCUGAUCUCCUCCUCUGCCAAGGCUGUCGAUGAGCUGAUCACUGGUCUGUCCAGGGAGGGAGCACUGGCGCUGGCCCUGCAGCCUCCCUUACUUCAGACCAUUGUGGCUGCACGAGACGAGCUCCACUCCGCCCUGCAGUCCCUGUCCUCCUCCUGGAACCAACAGGGAGCAGGAGAAAGCAGAAACUCUGCCGCUUCUGACAAGAGCACAGGAGAUGAAAUCUUAACUAAAGAGAGUGCUGCCACUCACAGCACCGAUAGAAAUCAAGUUGUGAAUAAGAUUGUGUACUCUCUCCCUCCAGGUUCGUUGUCCAAAGGCAGCCCACACUGGGUGUGAUGUGCAUUUAUCCCCUGUGCUUUUCUUUUUGAUGUGCUCACAUCAUGUACGAUUUUACUGUAAAAAUGAUAUUGAGAAAACUUUGAAGUAAGCCUCCUGCUGGUAAUUACAGGUGGGUCAUGCAGCAGACACUGCAGAGACUCUUUACCAUUGCCAUUCAAGUUGAUAAAAAAAAAAAUGUGGCAUUCACAUACAGCCAACUUUGCCUUCUAAAUUUUAGUAAUGUCUACAUAUUUUCAUGGAUUAUUUUUUAAUUACAAGGAAAAUAAUAAAUACAGGCAAACAUUUAAUACAUAUGUAGACAUUUCAAAUCUACAGCAGUAGUUCCUGUCUUAGUAUCACUUCUGAUAUGGUACAGAAAGCACUGCUAACAGUAAACCUUGAUGGAUAUGGAUGGAAUUAGGAGCAGUAAUUGGCUGUAAGGAGAAUGUUCACUUAUGCUGUACCAGGCCUUCUCUGUUGUACUAAUUUUCAGAGGCCACUAAGUUAUUCUUGGUUGCAUUUUUUUUAAUUAAUUCAAACAUGCAAGAUUUUAACAUGCAGCAGCUCAGGUAAUGUUUUGGAAAAAUAAUGGCAGCCUUCUCCCUUUUCUCUGCUGUAUGGUUUCUUUCUUGUGUGAAGAUGUAUUUUGUUUUCAUAUUUGCAUAACGUUUUGCUCUUUGAUGGUAUAUAACACUGCAACAAUUUGCACUUAGAAGAGACUUGUAUACUCUGUGUUUCUUCUUAAUACACAUAAUACUCUCACAAAGCAGUGUUUAUUUGUCCUUUUACUGUUUUGUAAUACUUGUUGAAAAGUUGAUAUAUCAAAAUAAUGUAGCAACUUGUGCUUCUGCAAUAAAUUCACGUGGCUUGAUUUGACCCCAACCUUUCAUAUUGCAGGUCACUACUCAGUAAAGCGUGGACUCCUGGUGAAGGCUGCACCUAUAAGAUUUGUAUUAGCUGUAACAAAGUCAGUGCAUU